CACCAGAACUCGCGCUCUACUGUACACUCGAUGGGGUGUAAUUCUCAAAACGAUGAGUGCUGCAUGAGUGUUGGCUCGGCUACCACCCACGAUUAAAUUCAAUACAAAAGCCAAAUUCUCCUCUUGAUACUUUCUUCCUCAACCACAAUGGAGUCUCACUCCUACGCUUUGCCGAAAGGCGUGCAUGCGCUGCGUACUUCCAGUCUGGACUUGCGCCCAGAUGCCUUGAUCGAUCACGACAUCCUCAACCCGCCAUCUAUCACCACCGAGAAAAACAUAUGGUUCUUCUGGCACAGCGGCUUCUCAAACAUGCAUUCAUACACCCAGCGCAACAUCCGCGCAUGGCACCGCCGCUUAUCAAAAUGCGGAUGGACGAUCCGAGUCCUCGAUCGCCAGCCAGACUCCCCGCUGAAUAUCGCCAAUUUCCUGGACAUCAAAGACAAUAACACCUUUCCCAAAGCGUUCACGGACGGAACCAUCGGUGGUGCCUACGCUCCUCAGCAUACGUCGGAUCUUGUGCGCUGGCCGUUGUUACUGAAGUACGGCGGUGUCUACGCCGACGUGGGACUGAUGUUAAUUGGUGAUCUGGACGCGAUCUGGAACAAGACCGUGGGCGACCCAUCAUCUCCCUGGGAAAUACUCUCGUAUAACGCCGGCGGGCCGUCUAGUCGUAGCCUCACGAAUUACUUCUUCUGCUCUGGGAAGAACAAUCCGCUGUUUGAGCGUUGCCACAGGCUGCUUUUGGCACUCUGGGCAGCCGAUGGUGGCAAAACGAGUACCGACGGCAUGUGCGAUAGUCCCCUGCUUAAAGGCGUUCCCCAUAUGGGUGGGACCUUUUCGGUGCCAGGGAUAGUCAAUGAAGAUGGAUCGAGGAUAGACUCAGAGGGUGUUGGGCGGAUGCUCACAGACUAUAUUAUCCAGGGACAAGUUGCGACUAUGGUGAUGAGCCUCGUGGAUGAGGAAGACGGGUGGAAUGGGCCGAAGUACUGCGCUGAGCACAUCUACGCGAUCGACUAUAUGGAGGGCUCGCAGCUUAUCAACGAGUUCACUGCCUGGAACGGACCGAGAGCUUUCAGGCUUAUGUCGCUCCAGCUGCCUAACAAUGGAGAAGGGGAGACGCAGGAGCAAAGCGAGGCGAGGCGGAUAGUGGAAGAGUGUCUAAGUAGGAGUUUCGGGUUCAAGCUGGCGCACGGCCUUAUCUUGCGGGUCCUCGGAGAUACACUGGGAUCGCUUUGGAGAGCGAACGAGGGCUCGGAUGAUGUGCCUGGGACGUAUGCGCAUUGGUUGAGGUAUGGAACUAUGUACUGGUGUCCCGACGAGUUGCCGCAGAGACAAGAGUGGAAGGUGGAAGAGCCGAUCAAGCGUGGACCGUUGUUAAGGGAGAGUUAGCAGGUGUAAAUAUUGGCAUAUAUAAUAGCUUGACUGACUUUGGGUACCUCCACAACUGUUUCGAGAGUCUAGCCAGAGUUAAUUCGCUUCCAAGCAUAUAAU